UCGCUUUUGUGACGUCAGUUUCAGGCGACAAAAAAGAGGGCGGUUUGAAAGAGAAGUAGCGACUUUUCAAAACAUGUACGGAACGAUUUUUCAGCAAUGAACAAUUUAUAUAUAAUGUUCGUUGACGGUUAAUAUAAAAUAAAUAUUUUUUUGUUGGUGUUUAAAUGUUUUCGCUCGUAUUCCGCCGCCCCCUUGUGAGUUAGCCGAUUAGCCAGCUAACUGCAGCCGUGUUUGUCCACUGCUUGUGUUGAAACUUUUGGAUCUUUUUCCACCGUUAUAGUAAAAAAAAUCAACAAUAAUAAAAAUGGCUAGUGUACACGAAAGCUUGUAUUUUAACCCGAUGAUGACAAACGGGGUGGUCCACGCCAACGUGUUCGGAAUCAAAGACUGGGUGACACCGUAUAAAAUCUCCGUCCUGGCGCUGCUGCAUGAAAUGACCGCCUCGAAGAUCACUCUGCCGGAGAGACGGCGUCUGAACAAACUGAUCCUCCCGCUGCAGCAGGGUCCAGACCUGACUCUGGGUCAGUUCCUGGAGACCGUGGAGGAGUGCUGCCCUCAGACCGCAUAUGCUGUCAAACUCAGGCUGCACGAGAUGGCGGACGGAGAGCUGAAGGACAUGGAAUAUUUCUUCUCCACGCUCCCCACUCCGUUCACCGCCUUCGACUCGGAAGCCUACAAAACCAGCGUAGUUGGCCUCUUCAUCAGACACAUGCUGCUGGCCUACAACAAGCUGUCCUUCAGCCAGGUGUACAAGCUGUACAAGUCGCUGCAGCACUACUACCACAGUCACUACCGCAAACCCGGCGACGAGCAGGCGAGUAUACCAGUGCUGGUGGCAGACGACUCGGAAAUGGACCUGACCAGCACCGAGGACACGAUGGGCGACAGAAUGGACCGAGACGAGAUGGACACGCCGCUGCACGCGUCAGAUCUACGAAAAGACGCCACGCCCAGCAGGGGGCCGCUGUCACAAAAACAGGCGGAGUUCUUCCUAGCAAGACAGGCCUACCUCCUGAAGAACGAUGAGAACAAAGCGCUGAAGCCCGCCGCCCUGCAGGAGGAGAUCAACAACAUGCUGAAGUUCAACCCAGAUUUUGCCGAGGCCCACUACCUGAACUACCUGAACAGCAUCAGGGUCCAGGACAUUUACCUGUCCACCCACAGUCUCCUGCACUACUUCGAUCGACUCAUUUUGUCUGGAAACGAAGGGAAAAGCAACGGGGACGAGGGAUACGGUCGCAGCCUGCGAUACGCAGCUCUGAACCUGGCUAGCCUCCACUGUCGCUUCGGUCACUAUCAGCAGGCCGACCUGACCCUACAGGAGGCGGUCCGCAUCGCCCAGGAGUCCAGUGACCACGUGUGUCUGCAGCACUGCCUGAGUUGGCUCUACACCCUGGAACAGAUGAAAGGUUCCGACAGUAACGUCUUAACUCGGGAUUCGGUGAAAAUGUCUGCGCAUUUCUGUCUGCCGUACCUGGUUUCUCUGGGAAUUCAGUCUCUGGUCCAGCAGGGGGCGACGCAGGGUAAGACGGCGCACAAGCUGAUGGACACUCUGAAGGACACGGACAUUCUCCACUGGAAGCACAGUCUGUCGGAGCUGAUCGAGAUCCGACUGGCUCUGACCACGUCCAUAUGGAGGAUGUACGGUAAAAGGUCAGACCCCCGCCCCGGAUGUUUUGCGGCUGAUUGGUUGUUUCUGAUGGUUACUGCGGACUUACCGCCCAAUCACAACAGUGAAUAUCUCAGCGGUUCCCUGUGGCUCAGAGAUGAGGCAGUGAGAGCGCCCCCUGGUGUGUACGCUGCCGUCGCAGAGAUUCUCCAACAUCUGAGGGAACAGUUUCCCGCUCACUCACAGCACGCCAAGCUCUGGAUGUUAUGUGACCUCAAAAUAGAGUUUGAGAAACACAUGAAUGAGGGGAAGUACCAUUCAGCCGAGACAUUCAUCACAGCCAUCUCUGCCCUGAACAAGACUGAGGGGCUGUUCAGGAAAGCUCAGGUUCUGAAGGCUCUGAACCGCAGCACGGAGGCCUACGGUAUCCUACAGCGGCUGCAGGUCCACUGCGAGAAGGUCCGAUGUACGGAGGCGACCAUCAGGGUGAUGCUGGCCAUGGCCGAGCUCCACUGGGAGUCUUCCGGCUUCUCUACGGCCCUCCCUCUGCUGCUGCAGGCCCUGGCCUUGGCGAGACAGCACCACCUGCAGUCGCUGGUGUCGGAGACCGUUCUCCACCUGGCCUUCACUCAGCUGAUGCUGGGCGUACCGGAGCAGGCGCUGAGCGUCCUCCACGAGGCCAUCGAGCCCGUUCUGGCCCACGGAGGGGUCAUCGACAAAGGUCGGGCCCUGCUGCUAACCGCCCGCUGUCAGCUGUCCAUGGCCGGCUACAGACCGAACAGACAAGGACAAACAGAUCCGAGUUUGGCCGCCUCUGCCGUCGACACGCUGAACGAGGCCGCUGGCUACUUCUCCAGGCUCAACUGUAAGGAGCGGCUACGUGACGUCCACUACCUUCAGGCUCAACUCCACCGUUCUCUGGGACAGACGUCGCAGUGCAACAAAAGUGCCAUGCUCUUCAGGCUCCUGGACCAGGAGCUGCAGACACAAGCUCCGCCCGUUUCCAUGCGACUUUAGCUCCGUGGUCACACCACUGACGCGGCCAGCAGAUGGCGUCGAAACACUUUUUUGGCAAAUGUCAAAGUGAAAACGUCAACCGCACGAACACAGCGCAACGGCCGCGAUGAUUAAAUGUGUGUAAUAAAAAACUUCACGCACGA